ACUGAAAAUAGCUUGACAGUCGUUGACGCAGGCUAGGUUGGCGUGUGCAAGCGGCACAGCAGCAGCGGGACUACUGCGAUACCCUCGGAAGCCUUUUUGCAGGCCUCCAACACAUGCUAAAUAACGGCUCGGCACGAGCAAAUGCAUUAGCUCCAGCUUGCAACGAAGCUUCCAUCAGCCGACGUGGCAGGAAAGGUCUCGCAGGAGUUAUCACUGGCUGCGGCGAGCAUUCCAGCAUCACAAGUGACUUACUAGCUUUUCACUGGCUUGUCGUGACGCCCGGUCAAGCGGAUAGUCAACCCGCGCAGGCAUUCGACUCGCCGGUAUGAGCGCUUGUGGAGCCUCCACGAGCAGCAGUGCCCCUCAGAAUGGUGAUAAUGGCCGAAUAUGGCCCUUGCUGCCGAUGGAGCUUGCAGAACGCAUUGUGGCGUUCCUGCCUGGCAACGAGACCGCCCUCGUCGUCCGGCUGCUCAACCGGGCCGCUGCCCGGCACUUCAGAGGCCCGGCCUACACCACCGUGCGCAUGUCGCAGCCCGUGCCACCCACCGAGUUCGCACGGCGCUGGGGUGUGCCAGGCGCCACGCGGCCGCUGAGUCUGAAGCUGCGGCGGAAACUGAUCUGCCUGGCCGCGUCCAGCGGCGUGGUGGCAAACCUGGAGCUGGCCUACCGGGUGGCGGGCUGCCUGCCCACCUCCACAGCGCUGGAGGCGGCCGCAGCGGCGGGCCACAUGUCCGCAUUCGAGUUCCUGAGGCUGCAGGACCUGGGGCCACUGGCCGGCACCGGCGCGCUGGCGGCCGCCGCGGGCGCGGGCCAGCGCUCCCUGGUGGCGCACAUCCUGGACGCCGGCAUCGCGCCCUGGAGCUGGUCGGCUCUGCACGCGGCGGCGCACGGCGGACACGCCGCACUGUUGGAGUGGCUGAUGGCCAGCUGCCCGGACGUGGGCGGCGCGGGCGGCGGCGCGGUGGGCUCGCUAGGCGUGGCGGGCGUGGUGAUCGGCCGCGGCGAGGCGCCGCCGGGGGCACAGGCGCUGGUGGCAGCUGGCGCCGGUGGAGCCCCCGGUGGCGGCGGUCAGCUGCGCCGCCUGCAGGCAGCAGGCCAGGCGGAUCAGGGGGAAGCGGCGGCGGCAGCUGGGGAGGAGGGGGCUGCUGCAUGUGCCGCGGGCCGUGGCGCCAGCGGCUCGGCAGGCGUGGCAGGAGCGGCAGGCGGAGGCUCGGCGGGCGCAGGGCCGGCGGCGGGCGCCACUGCUGACGUCCAGCAGGGCGGCGGCGCUGGCGCUGAUGCCGCUGCCGGCGGGGCCAUUGGUGCGGGCCUGCGUGCGGCGUUCCGGCGGCGUGUGUCGCUGCUGCUGUUGGAGGCUGUGGCACACGGCUGCGAGAUGUCCGUGAUGGAGCGAAUGCACGCGGCGUGGCUGGAGGGCGCACGGGACGCCGCCGCCGCCGCGGCCGCCGGCGGCGCUGCCGCGCAGCGAUUGCCUCUGCACGCGCACAUCUUCCACCCCCACCUGGCAGCGGGACCGCUCCCUCCGCACCCUCUGCACCCUGCGCAACAACACCCCCAUGCCCACUACCAGCCGCCGCCGCAGCCACCGCCGCUGCCGCGGGCACACGAGCCUCUGCAGCCGCCGCAGCUCAUGCCCGACAGCGCGCCCGCCGGCGCCAUCGUGGCCGCCGCCGCCGCCAGCCCCACCCGCUGCUGGCGCUCCAAGGUGACCUGGCUCUUGGAGCGCGGCUACCCGCGUGUGGCCUACGCCGCGGAGCGCGCCGCCGCCCGGCCCGAUGCCGUGGAACGGCUGACGUGGCUCCGCGCGCAGGGCUUCCCGGCGGAUGCUACAGCCUGCCAGGCGGCGGCGCGGACCGGCAACCUGGCGGCGCUACAGCUGCUGGUGAGGGAGCAGGGCGUGGCGAUGCGGGAGGAGGCCACGGCGCGGGACGCCGCGGCGGGCGGGCACCUGCAGGUGCUGCGUUGGCUGGCGGCGGAGGGCCGCUGCACAGUCAGCAGCCAGACGGCGUGGCACGCCGCGCGCGGUGGGCAUCUGCAAGUGCUGAGGUGGCUGGUGGGGGAGCGGGAUGAGGGGGAGGCGGAGGCCGAGGGGCAGCAGGCAGGGCGGCAGGGACAGGAGCAAGGCGUGGGGCUGGCAGGUGGUCAGCAGCGCCAGGCGCCACCGCAGGAGCAGCAGGCGGCGUGUGGUGACAAGCUAGAGGCGGCUGGCGCGGCGGGAUCCUCAGCUGCAACCACAACAGCUGCCGCGGCGGCGGCGGCCGCCAAUGCUGCUGCCCACGGACCGCAGCAGUCCCAGCCUUGCGCCCAGCAGCCCCAGUCCCAGCCCCCGCCGCAACCACCGCAACCACCGCAGCCCCCACAAGCGCCCCAGCCCCCGCCCGCUCAAGCUCUCCUGACCGCCAGCGUGUUCUCCAGCGCCGCCAUGUCGGGCAGUGUGCCGCUGCUGGCCUGGCUGCGGCGGCGCGGCUGCCCCUGGGAUGCGCGCGCCUUCCCCGCCGCCGUGUGCGCCGGCAGCGCCGAGGCGGUGGCGUGGCUGCACCGGCAGGGCGCGCCACUGGAGGAGGACGGCGGCCGCUCCACCUACGCGCGCGCCUGCCGCAGCCGCGACCUGUCCACGUUGCAGGCCCUGAGGGACCUGGGCCUGCCGCUGCCCGCCGGCGAGGCCGGCGGCGAGCUGUUCAUCAAGGCCAUUCGCGACGGCGCCGGUCUGGCGGUGCUGAGGUGGCUGGUGGGCGCUGGGUGCCGGGUGGACUGGGAGGCGGCGGCGGCGGAGGCGGCACGCUGGGAGCCGGGGCGCGACGUUCGGGCGUGGCUUGCGGAGAAGAGGAGGCAGCACCGGCGGCGGGCGCGGGAGCAGCAGCGGGAGCAGCGGGAAGGGGAGAGGGAGGGGAAGGGGGAGGGGCAGAAGGAGGAGCAGCGGGAUGAGCAGGGGAAGGGGGAAGAGCGUGCGGAGCGGGAGGAGAGGCGCGUGUGUCGGGAGAGGCGCGGCGGCGGUGCUCCGGCUGGUGGGGGUGGAGGAGGCGGGCGCACAGGUGUGGGGCAGGGCGCUGAGGCGGGGCCGGGAGCUGGAGGACUGGAGGGCGGUGUGGGGGCAGGGCUGGUGGAGAUGCGGGAGUCGGAGGACACGUCCAGGGAGGCUGAGGACUCGGGCGUCAGCUGCGGCGGGCUGGAGCAGUGCCAGGACCUAACCGGCUAACCGCUACGCAUCCCCUACCAUCCCUGUAAAACCCGCCUACA